AUGUAUCUGGAGAUGCUGUUUGACAUGCUCAUCUCUUGGUCAACAGGUUCCUCAGCAGCAGAUCCUACCUUGAGGAGAAGAAUCGAACCCUGGGAAUUUGAAAACUUCUUUGAUCCCAGACAGCUCCGUAAAGAGGCCUGUCUACUCUAUGAAAUCAAGUGGGGCAAAAGACAAACUAUCUGGAGAAACUCAGCCAGAAACACCACCCAGCACGUCGAAAUCAACUUCCUAGAGAAGCUGACAAAAGAGAGGCAUUUGUCCCCCUCGGUUCGCUGCUCCAUCACCUGGUUCCUGUCCUGGAGUCCCUGCUGGGAAUGUGCAAAGGCUAUUGGGGAGUUUCUGACUCAGCACCCAAGCGUGUCUCUCGUCAUUUAUGUCGCACGACUUUUCUGGCACAUGGAUGAACAGAACCGGCAAGGACUCCGGGACCUCAUUCACAGUGGGGUGACCAUCCAGACUAUGAGAGAGCCAGAAUAUGAGCACUGCUGGAGAAAUUUUGUGAACUACCCCCCUGGGGGAGAACAUCACUGUCCAAGAUACCCAUCUCUCCUUAUGGGACUCUACGCGCUGGAACUCCACUGUGUGAUUCUAGGUUUGCCUUCCUGUUUCCAGAUUUCAAGAAGACGGCAGGAUCAACUCAGGGUUUUUAGAUUUAUGCCUCAAAUGUGUCAUUACCAAAAGAUUCCUCCUAAUAUCCUUUUUCAGAUAGGAUGCAGCUUCCCAUAA